GGUUACAAGUUCUCAUAACAACAGUGCGUUGAAGAGUGAGCUUACCCUUACCGGCGAAAAGUGGAACAAAAUUCGGUGUGAAAUUUGGUGAGAAUUUUCGUGAGAAAUCCCGGCUACAACCAGAAAAUAAAAACCAGCAGCACCAUGGGUGACGAGCAUGUCAAAGAAGCCCUCGAGAACUACACAACGGCCCCCUUCGACGCCCGCUUCCCAAACACCAACCAGACCAAGAAUUGCUGGCAGAAUUACUAUGACUACCACCGCUGUCUCAAGCUAAAGGGAGAAGAAUUUGAGAGCUGCAAUUGGUUCAAGAAAGUCUACAAGUCCAUGUGUCCAUUCGCUUGGGUUGAGAAUUGGGAUGACCAGCGAGAGAGUGGAACCUGGCCCUCCAAGAUUUGAUGACGGGUCUGGCGUAGAGCACAGAGAGGAUGUCACCGCUUAGAUGCCAUCACUUUUAGGGAAAUUUAUCUUAUUUCAGAAGAAUUAUUGUUUAACAAAUAUAUCUUGGUCCAAUUUGAUGGCGCCGCUAGGCUGACAAUGUUGCUUAUACCAAAUUUUUCUGCCCAGACUCAAAUCAGCUGAAAACUGGCUGUUAGCAACCUGGUUACAUUGUUGCAUUGUUUGGCUUAGCGGCUCCGUCAGAUUUUCUGUUGGUGUGCUAAGGAUUGAUUUGACUUGUGCCGGAAUAUUUGCAUUGCAACUUAUGUAAGUUACAUGUAGCUGUCAUAAUGUGAAGCAGAUAUUUCUCAGUAGUUCUGUGAAGUCUGUGCCCUCAGCCACUGACAUCAGUUCAUAUUUUGCUUAGAGUUGGUUAUAGAUCGAUCCAUUAAGCCACGCCCCAUUACGUCUUGACCAAUCACAGCCUUGGUCAGACAUGCGUGCAGCCGUGCACACAAGUCCGACAUGCGUGUACAUGUACUACAUACACCCCGAGGACAGACAGACAAAGGGAGAACAACAGAUUCUUUGUUGACCUCGAACAUUUUUCUUUUGUUGGAAAACUGUCCUCGAUUGUGACUGUGUGUGCUGAAUCUGUGGGAAAGUGUUAUAUUACAGGGACAAAGGGAAACACAAAGCAUUGUCCUCGAGAGUAAAGUAAAACAUGACUGUGUGCACACGUGCAGUGUGACAUUGAGGAGACACACAUGUUGUUUCCUCAAGUGUGCAGUGGGCGGGGCUUAAUGAAUCAAUCUAUUAAGCCCCACCCCAUGUCGCCUUGACCAAUCACUGCCUUGCUUUAAUAUCCGACGUGUGUGCACACAAGUCCAACAUGUGUGCACGUGUGCAGUGUGGCAUUCAAGAGGCGUACCUAUUGUUUCCUCAUGUGUGCAGUGGGCGGGGUUUAAUGGAUCGAUCCAUUCACGGUUGUAGGGGUGCAGUUAAUCCUUGCAUUGUAUUUAAACACAUUUGUGUUGGCAUUCAAAGCGGAAUUUUAUCAUUAAGUAGUUGUUACUGUUUGUAUGAUACUAGAAGUGUGAAAAUGAUGCCAGAAUUGACAAGAGAAAAUUUUUUUUUUUCAAGGGAAUUACUCAUUUUUUUUCCAAUUAAUUGGUGUGAAAAACAAAGAUAGCGACGUGUGUCUGUAGGUAGUGAGAUUUGAACCAUGGACCAUCCGAACAAAAGCCAAGGUGUCACCAGCCAGUCAGUGUGAUUUUAUAUGGCUUUUUUCCAUACCUAUUUGUGCAUGUGGACAAUUUGGGAUUUUGAGCAACACAAAACCUAAGUCAAUCUUACUUCAAUUCCUUGACAAAUAUUACAGAAAAAAAGGUUUAAAGUGAUUCUUAAUGAACUAGAAUUCAUAUUCACCCUGUAGUGUGGUGCUUUACUUUCACAAACAAUACAGUUAAUGUUUAAGAGAAUGUUGAAGUUAUAGAAAUAAAAUAAUUCCCAUUAAUUAA